CCAUCUUCUAAUAACAAAUGAAUAUGAAAAUGGAAAUGAACAUGAACUCGUUGUUUUUCGUUGUUUUGUGUUGGAUUCAUGUUUCACGUUGUGUUUCUUACACCAACUUUGCAUUUGGGGACUCCGUUGUAGAUGCCGGAAACAAUAACCACUUGGCAAGUCUCUCCAAGGCCGACUACUCUCCAUAUGGCAUAGACUUUACGCCUUCUGGUGGCAAGCCUACAGGAAGAUACACAAAUGGUUUCACCAUUAUUGACAUUAUUGCACAAGCAUUGGGAGCCAAGACCUUGGCUUCGCCAUCGCUGGCAGGUAAUGCAACAUCUAACGCGUUACUUGGUGGAAUAAACUUCGGCUCUGGAGCUUCUGGGAUACUAGAGGAAACUGGUGCCGUUUAUCUUGGACGCAUUCCAUUAAGAAAGCAAAUCGAUCAUUUUGAGCAAAGUAGAGCUGAAAUGGUCCAAACGAUGGGAGAAAAUCGUACACAAGAUUUACUAAAGAAUGCAAUCUUCUCGUUAACGAUUGAGACCAUGGUCGCACAUAUGGGUUCAUAUCUUAAGCGCUUGCAUGAACUAGGGGCUCGAAAGUUUGUUGUAGUCGAUAUAGGACCUCUUGGUUGCUUACCUUUUGUUCGUGCGAUACACCUGCUACCAGAUGGAAAAUGCCAUGAAGAAAUGAACAUGUUGAUUCGCGGAUACAAUGAAAAGUUACGUCAGGCUGUGAAUAUCUUAAAUCAAGAGAUGGGAAACGGUUCCAUUUUCGUGUAUGCAAAUUCUUACGAUGUCAUAAGUGAGAUGUUGCAAAAUUAUCGUGACUAUGGAUUCGAGAAUGUGAACGAUCCUUGCUGUGGAGGAAACAUUCCUCCAUUUUUCUGCUUUCGGAUUGAAGGUGAAGAGAGGCAAAUUAGCUCAAAUCUUUGUGAUGAUCGAUCGAAGUAUCUGUUCUGGGAUGCAUAUCAUCCCGGACAAGCAGCAAAUUUCAUUAUAGCUCAGCAUGUGUUGAAUGGUGACGAAAACAUCUGUUCUCCUCUCAACAUUCGCCAGCUUCAUAAUCUCAAGCUAUAACUCGCUAUGCCAUCUGAAGAUCAUCUGCGGAGUUUAUAAUCAUGCUUGUGAUUAGUUUUUUUUUAAGUACGGUGUCGGUGCAUAUGCAUGCAAGCAGUAUUUUGCUCUACUUUAGAGAGGCGUAUGUAGUAUUAGGUCCUCAAUAAUUGGAGAGAUUUAAUUUGGUCGUGUGUUAAGUUACUAGCUUCGCAUCCAUGUAAAAUUCCUACUAAUUUAUGUGCGUUUUUACGAG